AUGAAUAUGUUGGAUGGUGAAGAUGACCAAAGCUUUCACGCUACGCGUGACGGCUACUCCCAUCUGAGCGAUGUCGAAUGGGAUGCGGUUGAACGGAUGGGUUCAACCAUGGGCAUCCAUGCUGUUAGCGUCAUGCUAGAGGCUCUCAAUAGAGAUGCCCAACAUGCUACUAUCGCCAAGUUCAUUCAAAAUGAACUUGACGCAGAACGCGAUUUGAUACUGUUGAGACAGCAGCAGGCUGCUGCUGGUGGGUCGAUGCAUUCGCGUCGACCCGAGACUUUGAGGAUUGACAUCUCUAAGUAUAGGGGAGUCGAAGAGGACUCCCUCUUGAGAUGGUUCGUCGAAUUGGAUGACGCCAUAAGGGCGCGUCGCAUCGACGACGGGGAUAUGCAAGUUGCAUUUGCCCAGUCAAAUCUGGCAGGACGUGCCAAGACUUGGGCACUGGGGCUCAAGCUGCACGACCCAUAUGCGUUUGGGUCGUUGGAAGUCUUCAAGUCGCGGCUCAGACAAACGUUUGAACCGCCUAGAGCUGAGUUCAGGGCUCGAACCGAACUCUUGAAGCUCAAGCAGGGUAAGCGUGAUGUGCACGCUUACGCUCAACACAUACGACAUCUUACGAGUUGUAUAAGUUCCAAUCCAGUGGAUGAACACACGUUGGUUUCGGUGUUCAUGCAGGGUCUUGCGGAUGGUCCCGUCAAGACUCACCUGUUCCGGAUUGAACUAGAUUCACUAGAACAACCCAUUUCCAUUGCGGAGCAGGAAGACUUCAGUCUGAGACAGGCUCGCGCCAGCUCGACAUCAUAUCGUCAACCGAGACGAUAUGACAACGGAGGUCCAGAGCCGAUGGAACUCUGUUAUGUAGAGAGCGAGAAGGUUCGCUCUACAGGCUACAAGAAGUUGCAGAGAUGCAACAGAUGUCAGAAGACAGGACACUACGCUUACGAGUGUAGUGCCCCUCGUCCAGUGUCUCGCAACACUGGGCGUAGUGACCGUCCACCCAUGAGAAAGGGGAAGGGACGAGGGUCCGCUGUUGGUGCAAAGACGCAACAACGGGAUGGACCGUCAAAAAACGGACAGGAUCAGUAG